UAUAUGUGGAGUGCUUGUCAUGUGCAGUUACAUUUCUAAGAACUUUACAUGAAUUAAAUAAUUGAAUCCUCACAAUUUCUCCAUGAAUUAGAAACAGUUACUAAUAAUCCUACAAGAGAGGUGAUAUUAUUAUCUUAUUUCACAGAGAUGUCAAAUAACUUGCUCAAGGUAACAUAUCAGUAACCUGGGAUUUCAACUUGGGUCCUCUGCUUCAUAGCCUCCCUAUGCUGUCAUAGAUGUAAGCAUUUUAAAGAAUGAACAAAAGGUUAAGAUAGAAAUGGAUGUGUUAGGAUGCAGGAUUAUGAACUGGAGGAUAAUUAGAACUGAAAAAGGCAACUCAUUUAUAGGUGUUCUUGAUCCUAGACUUUGCAAGAUUCCUUUAGAACCUUACUUCAACCUUUGUUCCCAUCCUGUGACUGUGCAAGCUUUUGCAAUGAAGAGAAAACACAGGAUUGGAGACACAAAAUCAGAAAUUAAGAUUCUCAGCAUAGGCGGAGGUGCAGGUGAAAUUGAUCUUCAGAUUGUCUCCAAAGUUCAGGCUCAAUACCCAGGCGUUUGUAUCAACAAUGAAGUUGUUGAGCCAAGUGCUGAACAAAUUGCCAAAUACAAAGAACUUGUAGCCAAGACAUCAAACCUUGAGAAUGUAAAGUUUGCUUGGCAUAACGAGACAUCAUCUGAAUAUCAAAGAAGAAUGUUGGAGAAAAAGGAGGUUCAAAAGUGGGAUUUUAUUCAUAUGAUUCAGAUGCUGUAUUAUGUAAAAGACAUCCCAGCUACCCUGAAAUUCUUCCAUAGUCUCUUAAGUACCAAUGCUAAGAUUCUCAUUAUUGUUGUGUCAGGAAGCAGUGGCUGGGACAAGCUGUGGAAAAAGUACGGAUCACGCUUACCCCAGGAUGACCUGUGCCUAUAUGUCACGUCAGAUGAGCUCACUCAGAUGCUGGACAACCUAGGGCUUAAGUAUGAGUGCUACGACCUUUUGUCCACCUUGGACAUAUCUGAUUGCUUUACUGAUGGUAAUGAAACUGCAGACCUGCUUUGGGAUUUUUUGACUGAAACCUGCAACUUUAAUGCCACAGCACCACCUGAUCUCAAAGCAGAGCUUGUGAAAGAUCUACAAGAGCCUGAAUUUAGUACUAAGAAAGAGGGGAAGGUUCUUUUUAAUAAUAAUCUGAGUUUCAUAGUGAUUGGGGCAUAAUUAUCAAUCACAAAAGUAUAUUCAAAAAUUAUAUUUUGAACAACUCUGAUUGCUCAUUUAUUUCCAUAUUAAAAUUAUAAACACAUACAUUAAUGUAGAUAAAGCACUGUUUGGAUAUGAGAAGUAGUGAAUUCCAAGACAUUAUUGGACUUCCUUUUGGAAUCAUAUGGGACACUGCUGGUCUUAUCCUGUCCCUCCUCCAGGAAGAGAGACCACAUGCAGGCUCAACAUAACAUAACCUAGAAAAAUUAGAUGACUGAAUUUCUAUGGCAUAUUGAUAAUAAAAUUCAUUCCAUUUGCUGAUUGUCUGAAAUUUUCUAGAAUAAUAAUAAAAUAUAUACUAUAGAUUCUUUAUUAGUGAAGUAUGCACUUAUCAAUACUUUGAACACAAAGCCUGUGUUACUGAUUUGGCCAUUUUGUGAAGAAAUAUUUCUCUUUGUACAUUCUUCUAUUGUACUUUUUAUCUCACUUUUAUUAAUUUUUAUGAGUAAGCACCUUUAGAAUAUUAAAAAUUAAUUCUUUAUC